AUGAGAAGUUUCCAUAUCGACCAUUGGGAUUGUGCUCCAGCAUGCAGCACCGUCACUUCGACCUCGUACGCUCUGGCCACGACAGUCACCGACCUGACAAGCUUCCGCUCGUCCUUGAACAGCCAGUUCUCCACAUCUGGUGUGUCGUGGUCCGGCGUCAGGGUCCCGUAUUACACCACGCCCACGGUUGGCCUGAAUGGUGUGCCGUACACCGCGACCUACUACUAUGAUUCCAAUGCGCUCUUGAGUGCUGGCCAUAGUGUCAUCACAAAGCCGUUUACGACGACCAGAUGCCCCACCACUACGCCGACUCUGCCUCCCUCGCCCACUGGGUCUGUCUGUAGUCCCCAUGGUGAUCACUGGCAUUGCGACUCUCUCCCGACCUCAACGUCCUCCAUCCCCGGCGAUGAUGCCGACGACGAUGGCGAAUGCGAACCACAUGGCGACCACUGGCACUGCCCUUCCGGCGUUCCAGAACCCACGACUCCUCCGGCCACAGCACCUAUCACCCCUCCUUCGCAGCCAUCAACAACCAGCACUACCAGCACCGCUGACGUCGGAGAGUGCGAGCCUCACGGAGACCGCUGGCAUUGCCCUUCCGGUGUCCCUGAGCCCCCAGCGGCCCCGCCGACCGAUGGGGGUAUCGGCACUCCCUCACCGACAAACAGUCCAGGUGGCGGAGACGAUAGUGGGGGACAAGAAGACUGUGAACCCCACGGCGAUCACUGGCAUUGCCCUCCCGGUGUUCCAGAGCCGAGCACUCCUCCUCCAUCCAGCGGCGGGGGCAGUGGCUCUGGUGGUCAUGACGAUGAUGGAGGUGACCACAACUCUGGCGGCUCUGGAGAAUGUGAGCCUCACGGGGAUCACUGGCAUUGUCCGCCCGGUGUCCCUGAGCCGACCACACCACCACCCUCGAACGGUAGUGAUGGCGGUUCGGGCACUGAUCUCGGCUCUGGUGAAGCAUCAGGAGAAUGUGAACCUCACGGCGACCAUUGGCACUGUCCUCCUGGCGUUGCCGAGCCCACUUCGCCUCCUCCCAGCACACCACCUCCUGCCGGCGCCGGGUCCGACGAUGGCCAUGAGGCAACCUCCAAUGGGGAAUGUACUCCACAUGGCGAUCACUGGCAUUGUCCUGAAGGCGUGGCAGAGCCAAGCACGCCGCCCACGCAGGCACCCAGCAGCACUCCAUCGAUUCCUGUGGUCUCUGUUGCUGCCAUAGAAAGUAUUGGACGAUUCAAAAUGCUUCUCGUGUCGUUUGCGGUUGUUGUGCUCAUUUCUUAG